AUGAAUAUAACGCGCGGAUUUUCGGUGUUUUUAGUACUUGUAUUAUUUUACAAUGUACGGGCGGAAUCUUUCUUCAAGUCUUUGAACAAACGGAUCGUUGAUGGUUUUGUUGCAGAAAAUGAUGAAAUGCCAUAUUUGGCAAGGUUGAAAACUGUGAGUGGAAGGAGUGGAUUUGGAGCUGGUGCAUUGAUAUCUUUGAAAUGGGUUGUCACAGCAGCACAUUGUCUUGUUAAAUACGAACAAAUACGCGUAAUUAUUGGUACUGGACAUCGCAUUAAAGAAACUGGUGCACAAGUGCGAACUGUGAAUAAAACUGAAUUUCUUAUACACCCUGAAUAUCUGGGUACAAUUGAAAAUCACGAUAUAGGACUGAUGCAUAUACUGGAACCUUUUAUAUUCGAACCGGGUAAAGUGCAGCCUAUUGAAUUAUUUUCUGGCAUGUAUAAGGAAUAUGGUAUAGGAAAAGUUUGUGGUUGGGGGCGUGACAUAAAUCAAAAUCAUCCUAGAUAUUUGCAAUGUCUUUAUACAAAUGUAAUCGGUUACAAUAAUUGUGCAGAAUCUCUAAAACCUAACAGGAAAUUAAAAAAUACUAUGAUAUGUUCAGUAAAUCCUGGUUUGGUACAAGGUGCUUGUAAAGGUGAUUCUGGUGGUCCAUUAGUUCGAUUGAAUAUCAAAAAGCAUAGAACUAAGAAUGGUACAAAUUUAUAUGAAAUAAAGGAGGAAUUGGUAGGAAUUGUUUCUUGGGUUGUUAAAUCUUGCAGUAGUCCCAACACUCCAUCAGUAUAUGUUAAAGUUCGAAUUUAUAAAGAUUGGAUUGAAAGUGAGAUGAGAUUAAAUGAAUUAUUGGAGCAAGAACUAAAUGCUCAAAAUGAAACAACUACAGAAGCCAUAACCGCAGAAGCUAUAACCGCAGAAGCCAUAAACGCAGAAGCCAUAAACGCAGAAGCCAUGAACACAAUUAAUAAUGUAACUAUUAGUUAA